UGCGUCAGAAACUGCAUUAUCGACCCUUCUUGCUUUGGAUCUUCUGAAUUCCUGCGGUUUGGACAGCUCAGACAGAUCAAAUUGACUUGCGAUGAAGUGUGCUUCCGUCAGGCCUCGCAUCCACGCGGGAGGUGCGGGACGCCGACGCGGCGGGGCGAGAAGAGCCGGUGUUUUCAUCCUCCUUGCUCAUAGGGCGGCGGGGCCUUGCAGCGGCGCGGGCAAACGGAGAGGCCGCGGGAGGCGGCGAGCCGGCAGAAGGCGAGGGAGAGCGGAGGGCGGCCAUGGUCCAGCCCUGAAGCCAAACAAAAAAGGCCUACUUCGAAAGCUGUCAACAAUGAAUGACUCUAAAGAUGCCCCUAAGUCCUAUGACUUCGACCUGAUCAUCAUUGGAGGAGGCUCGGGAGGCCUGGCGGCAGCUAAGGAGGCAGCCAAAUUUGACAAGAAGGUGAUGGUCUUGGACUUCGUCACACCAACUCCUCUCGGAACGAGAUGGGGUCUCGGGGGAACGUGUGUGAACGUGGGCUGCAUACCUAAAAAACUGAUGCACCAGGCGGCUCUGUUAGGACAAGCUCUGAAAGACUCACGCAACUAUGGCUGGAAACUCGAGGACACAGUUAAGCAUGACUGGGAGAAAAUGACAGAAUCUGUGCAGAAUCAUAUCGGCUCGCUGAACUGGGGCUACCGAGUAGCUCUCCGGGAGAAGAAGGUUGUCUAUGAGAAUGCUUACGGGAAAUUCAUUGGUCCUCACAAAAUUAUGGCAACAAAUAACAAAGGUAAAGAAAAAGUUUACUCAGCAGAGCGGUUCCUCAUUGCCACCGGUGAAAGGCCGCGCUACCUGGGCAUCCCUGGAGACAAAGAGUACUGCAUCAGCAGUGACGAUCUUUUCUCCUUGCCUUACUGCCCGGGGAAGACCCUAGUGGUUGGCGCGUCCUAUGUCGCCUUGGAAUGUGCAGGAUUCCUGGCUGGUAUCGGCCUCGACGUCACUGUAAUGGUGCGGUCCAUUCUCCUUAGAGGAUUUGACCAGGACAUGGCCAACAAAAUUGGUGAACACAUGGAAGAGCAUGGUAUCAAGUUUAUCAGGCAGUUCGUGCCGACGAAAAUUGAACAGAUUGAAGCAGGGACACCAGGCCGACUCAAGGUGACCGCUAAGUCCACAAACAGUGAGGAGACCAUAGAAGACGAAUUUAACACAGUGUUGCUUGCAGUAGGAAGAGAUUCUUGUACAAGAACUAUUGGCUUAGAGACCGUGGGCGUGAAGAUCAAUGAAAAGACCGGGAAGAUACCUGUCACGGAUGAGGAGCAGACCAAUGUGCCUUACAUCUACGCCAUUGGUGACAUUCUGGAGGGGAAGCUGGAGCUGACCCCCGUGGCCAUCCAGGCGGGGAGAUUGCUGGCUCAGAGGCUGUAUGGCGGCUCCACUGUCAAAUGUGACUAUGACAAUGUCCCAACGACUGUGUUUACUCCUUUGGAGUAUGGCUGCUGUGGCCUCUCUGAAGAAAAAGCUGUAGAGAAAUUUGGGGAAGAAAAUAUUGAAGUUUACCACAGUUUCUUCUGGCCAUUGGAAUGGACAGUUCCAUCCCGGGAUAACAACAAAUGUUAUGCAAAAGUCGUCUGUAACCUUAAAGACAACGAACGUGUCGUGGGCUUCCACGUACUGGGUCCAAAUGCUGGAGAGGUGACGCAGGGCUUUGCAGCCGCACUCAAGUGCGGGCUGACCAAGCAGCAGCUGGACAGCACCAUUGGCAUCCACCCGGUCUGUGCAGAGAUAUUUACAACGCUGUCGGUGACUAAGCGUUCUGGGGGAGACAUCCUCCAGUCUGGCUGCUGAGGUUAAGCCCCAGUGUGGAUGCUGUUGCCAAGACUACAGACCAUUGCUUGCUUCCUUGUCCACACCCAGGUGAAGUUCAGGAAGGCUCUUGGGUUCUUGGCACCAAUUCAAGGUGCUAUCCUAAGGCCACCAGGUCCCUGGGAUCUUGUGGGUAGGAGGUGGCAGGUAGAAGAAGGCUGCAGCAUCGCACUGGGGUCACCAUGACGGACUCAGACUGACAUUCGGCAGAGCAUCACGGUGCGUCCAUGAAGUCACUAGCCUCAAGCCCAAGUGGUGGGCAGUGACAGAAAGCUGUCGAUCUGUUGGGUUCAACCUUUCCCUGUAGACUGUUUUAGUCUCGCCUUCAAGCUAUGUAAUGUCAAUUCUGUUUUUUCUUUUCUCCAUGGGGUUAAUGAUACUAGAGGUAGGGAAUGUUAGCAAUCAGUUUUUGUCAUGGCUGGACUAUCCACAGCACGGUCGUUACUGUGUGGAAGGGGGUCAGAUGGCUUAUGAGAGCCAAACCAGUUUAUCCUGAGAAAGACGAAUUACCCUGUGGCUAAAAUACACUGUUUUUACUAACCUGUGUAGCAUUGUCUCCUUUAAUAAGUUUAGGUCUUCUGUCCAAACUGAGAAAAACCAUGGUCACUUUGGCAAAUUUCCGGCAGUGUGUGUCCCUGCCGCUGCUUAGCAAGGGCGGCGGUGACUUGGCUAAUCUACUCAGACUCCAUUGCAUGGCUCUUGGGUAUCAUGGAGUAUUCCAGCAUAGAGCCUGACCAGCAGUAAAUGUCUCUCCUGGUACAGUUACUGUCUGCUGGUCUAAGUGCGCUGAGAUGGUUCUCAAUGGAGAAUGCUUAAUUUGCUUUUAACUUCUUGUUUUUGUGAGGUGGGUUUAGUUUUAAGCUUAUGUCCCAUAAGAACUCCAUUCACAGGCAAGCAGCUCUUUCCGCACACAGCAUAUGCAUCUUCUGAGGUAAUGGCUUUAUAAGGAAGCUGUUCAUAACAUAAGUUAUUAUUAUUAUUGAACACAGGUGGAUGUGAAGGAUUUUUUUUCAUUGAAAAACCAAAUGGUUUUUCUUUUUUCUGUUCAGUGAGCCCACAGAGACCCUGGCAGGACAGCAUUGCUGCCAGCAUUGCUGCUGGGGCUUUUCCAGUGUAGUUCUUGCUCCUAGGUCACGUGACAGUGAACACGAUGCCUGAGGACCGCGCAGACAGGUUUCCCACCGCACAGCCGCCAGGCGUCCCGCCAUGGUCUGGUAGCUCCUUUUCUUGUCCUCCCCUCUGCCCAUCUCCACCUGCAGUACUGAGUGGCGUUUCCCAGUACCCUUUGGGGCCACCUCAGGGAACGGGUUUGCCUGGUAUUCAGCCAGCGGCACCCACCCUGCCCCACGAGGCUCCCUCAGAUCCGCCCCACAUCCGUGUGUUGAAGAGGAGAAAAGACCAGGGAACCAAAGGAGUGGACUGUUGAGUUUUAUUUAUUUAUUUUUUGUUUUUUUUUCUCCUAAGUCUGCCAGUCUCUGAGAUCAGAACGACAGUGUAGGGUAGCCGCCUAAUCAUGUUGUGAUUCUAUUGGUGGGAUGAAAUGUUCCGCCCCCAUGGAAGGAGUACACUUCGUCGUUUAUGUUCUGUAAUCGCACAAUGUACUGUAACCCAAAUUCCAAUUCCAUGUAUUUUUAUUACAGUUUUUCUGGAAAAAAAAUGUGAACCAAUAAAAGGUGUUGAUCACA